AUGGGCAGGCCUAGGAGAGAGCCCGCAGACUUGGUCUUGCUUGGCCAAGGAUUGCCAAGGAAGGGCCGAGACACAGGGGCCAAAGACACAGGCCGGGGUAACUGGCUCAUUAAGAAGAAUCCUUUGAAAUAUGUAAUCCCAUCGUCAGUCAGCGCACAACGUGGGAUUGGGCUGAGCUUUACAUUUACCCUUUCGGAUAAGAGAGUAGCACGUUUACCUCAUGCGACUCAGGUACCCGCCUACAUUGAGGAGAUGUCAAUGACAGGGGAAGAAAGCCAAAGGAAUCAUCAUGUUACAUCCUUAGCGGCUAGCUCAGUUAUGCAUAGCCCUCAUAGACAAGGGUUGGGGUGCAGAGGCUGGGGCCGAAUGAUGAAGGCCAGACGAGGUGACCAGUGA